UUAUAGAGAACCAAACAGGUUAUAGUUAUUCCAAGUAACUUUCAGUGAUAUCUUAUUAUUAACUGUUCUUUUAUUUCCCCAGGUGAUAUGUUCUUUAUGGCAGACAAUGGCACCAGGGUGACAGAAUUUAUUCUGAUGGGGUUCCAGCUUCAGGCAGAGUUGCAGCUAGGUCUCUUCUUCAUGUUUCUGGCUUUUUACCUCAUCACCAUGGGAGGAAACCUGGGUAUGAUCAUGCUAAUUCAGAGUGACCCUCGGCUUCAAACACCCAUGUACUUCUUCCUCAGCCAUCUGUCCUUCCUGGAUAUUUGCUACUCAUCUGUUAUUGUGCCUCAGCUGCUGGAGACCUUGGGAGCUCAUAAGAUGGUCAUCACUUAUGAGCGCUGUGCCACCCAGUUCUUCUUCUUCACCUGGUAUGCUAGUACUGAGUGUUUCCUUUUGGCUGUCAUGGCCUAUGACCGCUAUGUGGCUGUGUGUUCUCCUCUCCUCUAUGCCGUGGCCAUGACACCACAGACUCGCCUGGGGCUGGUUGCUGCAGCAUACUCUGGUGCAAUGGUAAAUACUGUUGUCCGAACUGGGUGUACCUUUUCCAUUUCCUUUUGUAAAUCUAACCAGGUUGACUUCUUUUUUUGUGACCUCCCACCCCUGCUAAAGCUUGCCUGUAGUGAGACCAAGUCACGAGAGCAGGUAAUCUUUCUUUUGGCUUUCUUGGUCAUCACAACUAGUAUUUCAGUGAUUCUUAUAUCCUACCUAUUCAUUAUUUGGGCUAUUCUGAAGAUUCGUACAGCAGGGGCCAAAGCCAAGACCUUCUCCACAUGUGCAUCUCACAUGACUGCAGUGGCUCUAUUUUUUGGAACACUUAUAUUCAUGUACUUGAAAGGUAACAUGGGAAAAUCACUCUGGAAAGACAAGAUUGUGUCUGUAUUCUAUACUGUGGUGAUCCCUAUGCUGAACCCUAUUAUCUAUAGCCUGAGGAACAAGGAAGUGAAGGAGGCUCUGAAGAAAGCUUUUAAAAGAAUGAAGGUUUCCCAAGGCGAGUAAGACUUAAUUAAACUCCCUAAGUUCAGAAAUUCCUGAGAGUCCUCUGGG